CCAAUUUAAUUAUGCUACUGAAUAAUUUUACCUUUGAUAUUCGAUGAUGAUUUUGAGAAAACGCUGGUGAUCCCGUUGGAUAAUUUGCUAGUGAGUUUGCAUGAUCAGUACUCUGCCCAUCGAUUAAGAUUGCAGCAAUUUUCAGUUCGGAAUGUUUCUUCUUUUAUUGAUUGAAAAAACUCAAGAUGGAUUUACUAUGUUGGUUUUGUCAUUACAAAUUGUCGGUUGAUGCGACUGAUGUUUAUUCGUAAAAACCCUAUUCUGUUAUCGUUGAAUGUUACUUUAGACAUCAACAGAAUCUACAUGCAUGCUUAACGAGUUAGAUGGAAGUGAUUAUUUCGCUAAACUGUUUGAUUGACAAUGCCAAUGUAAAAGAUUAUCUUAUAGAAGGAAACAUUUGGAUAAAAAAUGCUAUGCAGCUGAAUAUUCGAAUAUUACCCCAAAAUCAAUGGACAUGUAAUAGAAGGAGAUUGGGUAUUAGGUAUUCUUAUGAUACCAGUUCAUUACAAAUAGGUGAAAAAACACAAUGCACAAUUUUUUUUCCUGUAGUUGUCACUUACAAAGUCUAUGAAUUAGAAGUAGAUAAUACUUUCAGUAACAUUUUGCCUCUUCUUAAAAACUUAGAGUGGGCUAAGACAAAUGUUCAGAGAGCAAUUUAUAGAUUAUAUUGCUAGUUGGUUUUGGGCAUGAAUGACAAAUAUGUGAAACAAAUUCAAAAUAUCUGCUUGUUGUUUAGAAAAAAAGAAACCUAUAGAAUACAUGUAGUUAGGCGUAGUAGCAAUGCACACUAUAGGGGCAGGCAUGAGAUGUUUUAAUAAGCUAAAAACCAAGAAUCUGUCUUGGGAUCAACGAUCAUACAAUAGACAAGGUGCAUGAGUGGAAGUUAUUUUGUUAUAGAAAUGUUGAUGCCAUACGGGAAAGUUUGUUUAAAUAAACAAGGCUCCAUUCAUUUACUUCAUGAAAUUUCUUGUUUUCAUUUUGUGGGUAGUCCUAUUUCAGUGAUGCAGAGGGUAAUGGAUAUGGGACCCAGAAAAUGGGGAUUAGAAAUGAGGAAAAUAGGAUAAACGAGUGAACCCUAGUAUUUUCUUGUUAUUCAUCAGUAUUAUCAGUUUGUUUUCAGUGGAUGUGGAUCAUAUGCAACUAACUAUUGUUAAGGUAAUCAUUUCUUCUGAAAUCUUAUUCCACAGAUUGAGUUCUUUACGUGUUGUUUAUAUCUAGUAAAGAGCCAUUGCUUCUACGGAGGGAUCAGGUGGAUCCUUAGUUAUGGAGUCUGCAGAAAAAGCAGAUGCUAUAGGAAGUCGCUUACCAGCAGAGGCCAUGAAGAUGCUACAGUCAUUGGCUUCUCACUGGGAUGAUAUAGUUGAUGUAGAUGCCUUACAGGUAAUACGACUCAAGGGUGCUAUGACCAAUGAAGUUUACCAAAUCAAGUGGCCAACCAACAAAGAACACUCUCGGAAGGUUUUAGUUAGGAUAUACGGUGAGGGUGUGGAUGUGUUCUUUGACCGUGAAUUGGAGAUCCGAACGUUUGAGUUCAUGUCCAAGCAAGGGAAAGGACCUCGUCUACUAGGGAGAUUUCGUAAUGGACGAAUUGAAGAAUUCAUUCGUGCAAGGACACUCUCAGCCCAUGACUUGCGAGAUCCUGAUAUAUCUGCGCUUGUAGCAUCUAAGCUGAGGGAGUUCCAUGACCUUGAUAUGUCUGGUCCAAAGAAGGCCAUGGUCUGGGAUAGAUUGCGUAAUUGGCUUAGUGCAGCCAAAAGUAUGUGCUCUGCAGAUGAAACAAAGACCCUCCGUUUGGAUGCCAUGGAGGAAGAGAUAGAAACUUUACACAAGUGUCUUGCAGCAGAUCAACGCAUAGCAUUUUGCCACAAUGACUUACAAUAUGGUAACAUAAUGAUUGAUGAAGAAACAAGAUCCAUAACCAUAAUUGACUAUGAGUAUGCUUGUUAUAACCCUUCAAUGUUCGAUUUUGCUAAUCACUUCUGUGAGAUGGCUGCCGAUUAUCAUACAGAAACACCUCAUCUGUUGGAUUAUAGUAAAUACCCUGGUCUUGAAGAGCGUAGAAGGUUUCUGGUCGUAUACCUGAGUUCUUCAGGUAAUGAACUAGAAGUUGACGAGAUGCUUGAAGAGAUUGAGAAAUAUACCCUUGCAAGUCAUCUGCAUUGGGGCUUAUGGGGAGUAAUAUCGGAACAUGUUAAUGAAAUUGACUUUGACUACAUGGAGUAUGCCAGACAGAGGUUUCAAGAAUACUGGUUACAGAAACCUAAAAUAUUGGGUUCCUAGGCCCGAGAUCACUUUUAUCACUAAUGGUGAUGAAAGUAUUAACCGAAACAGUUUUGGUUUUUAUGAUCUCAAAUUCCUUUCUUAGCAUUGGAGAAUAUGUUACUUUGGCAACGAAACUAUUGCACCAACAUUCAUCAAAUCCCUUGGCCACGUCAGCUAACACUUUAAUUCUUCAAUUUAUUUCUAUUUUUUCAUAAAUCUCCUUUUUUUGGGAAUCCCAAGAGUAAGAAAUAGUUCAACUGUGAAAAGGGAGCGAGAGUUUGGUUUCUUAGACCAUGCUGAAUUGCAGAAUUGGGUCGUCGUCUACUAUGCUGGAAGCUCAAGGAUGAUCGAUGGAUACAAAUUUGCAACACAACUACAUCAAAAGAUAAAAGGUUGGUGCCUACGUUGCUUUUUGCUAGUUGUAACAUGUAAGGAUCGAAUUGCGAAUGCACUUGACCGACCCCCAUCUCUUUCCUUCAAUAAUGCCUUCCCUUCAAGAUAUUAUGACUCAAGAUAUCUGCUUCCACUUAAAGCAAGAAAAAUCAGGAACCUAUAUAACUUCUAUUGCUUUACUUUGAAGAUUCUUGUGCGGAUGAUGUUUUUAUAUUA